CCAACUUGUCGUCAGAUUUAUGAACUGUCAAAAAUAACUAACCUCACCUAAAUUAAUAGUAAUAAUACCAAUUUAAAUCAAAGUUAAUCCAAGGUUAUCACAGUUCUUCGUCGAGAACGGGCACUUUUUUGCAUAUGAAGUAAAGUACCAUCCACACACAAAAACUGCGAUAUUAUUCCCGACUUAGAAAAUUCAAACCGGCAUUUGAAAUGACCAAAAAAAUUAAGAUCGGCAUUAUCGGAGGCUCGGGUUUAGAUAACCCCGACAUUUUAAAAAACGCCACAAUCAAAGAAGUCACUACUCCGUUUGGAAACCCAUCGGACUUCCUAACUGUGGGCGAAAUCGAGGGUGUGGAAUGCGUCCUGUUGCCCCGGCAUGGUCGUAAGCAUAACAUAAUGCCUGGAAAAGUCAAUUAUAGAGCCAACAUAUGGGCACUUAAAGACCAAGGGUGUACUCAUAUUAUUGCAGCAACUGCUACUGGUUCAUUGCAGGAGCAUAUGAAACCUGGAAAUGUAGUUAUUUUAGAUAAUUUUAUAGACAGAACACAACAACGCAAGCAAACUUUCUAUGAUGGAGAGAAAAACCAUCCUUUUGGAAUAUGUCAUUUGCCAAUGGAACCAGCGUUUAAUGAGAGAACCAGACAAAUUAUUAUUGAGACAGCGGAACAGCUAAAAAUUGACGUCCAUAAAACAGGAACUGUGGUAACUAUUGAAGGGCCACGAUUUUCAAGUAAGGCUGAAAGUCAUAUGUUUCGGCAGUGGGGAGGGCAUCUAAUUAACAUGACCACAGUUCCUGAGGUUGUUUUGGCUAAAGAAGCUGGUAUUUGUUAUGCAGCUAUUGCUCUAAUAACGGAUUAUGACUGCUGGAGAGAAAAUAAAGAUGAGCAUGUAACAGUUUUCGAUGUUCUGGCCACUUUUAAGAAAAAUGUUGCUAAAGUUACCACACUUAUUAAAGCCAUAGUGCCUAAUAUAGCCAAAGAAGAUUGGGAUCAAACUAUACAAGAGCUUAAGGAUGUCGUCAAAAACAGCGUCAUGGUGUAGCAUUUCCAGUGAACGGAUGUUUCUCAAAGAGGAUAGUGUGAAGUUACAACAAAUGUGUUACUUUUGCCAGUUUAUUACUUUAUUUCAGAACAUUUGUUUAAGUUUCUACAUUGCAUUUACGUUACGUUAUUACUUGGUUUUCUUAAUAGAAUAUUUACAAAAA